AUGGUUCUAGGAAGAAAAUCCAAGCGCCAUCCAGGUGGAACGACUGUCACCACUACCACGACAACCACCCACCAUCCGCCCGAAGAAAAUGGCCGCGGCGCCCGUGCAGUCCGCACCAAGCCCACCCUCAAGCAGCGCUUGAUGGGUGGAAGGCGAACCAGGGCGACUGGAGCCACUGGAGCCACCGGUGCCACCGGUGCCACCACCGCUGCACCCACACGAAGACGUCGGGUGGGUGCGCGUCGCACACCCGCAACAGCCGCCACCACGACUCCCCGCCGCAAGACCAGCGUCGGCGACAAAGUCUCCGGCGCGAUGUUGAAGUUGAAAGGGAGUCUUACGCGGAGGCCUGGGCAAAAGGCCGCGGGGACGAGACGAAUGCAUGGGACGGAUGGGAGGGGGGCCCAUCGAUAUUACUAA